AGUGCUGAAACUCAUCUCAUAUUUCGCACUUGACAGUGUAGCUUUGUUUUCUUAGUGCUCAAAAAAAAUCUAAAAUUCUUCAAAAUGGUCAACAACAUGACUGUAGAAGAGGUUAUUGAAGCCACUUUCCAUAGAUUUCCUAGAAACGACUCUUACGCUUUACCUGGUAUUUAUGAUCUACAAGAGGGAGAUGCAACAUUCGUCAUUUUAUCAUGCCUUAUCAUCUUUCAAAUGCAAACUGGAUUUGCAUUAGUGGAAGCUGGAAUUGUUAGAACAAAAAAUAGUGUCAAUAUUAUGAUGAAAAAUAUUGCUGAUGUAUGCAUUGGUGGACUAGCAUUUUGGAUAUUUGGUUAUGGUCUUAUGUUUGGUAGAGGAGAAUAUACGACGCCAUUCUUUGGUGCCGGUGACUUUUUUACUGACACAAAGUUUGGUGAUCCUUUAACAGCUGGAGUAUUCACUAUGCUUUUAUAUCAAAUGUCUUAUGCCACAACAAGUAAUACAAUAGUUUCCGGUGGAGUUGCUGAACGUGCUAGAUUCUCAUCAUAUUGUCUACUUACCUUUGCAAUCACAGUAUUAUAUUCAUUAGGAGCCGGAUGGAUGUGGGGUGAACAUGGAUGGUUACGAAAUCUUGGAGCUGUUGAUCUAUCUGGUGGUGUAAUUCACAUGGUUGGUGGUGCAUCUGGUGUUAUGUGUGCAUGGUUCAUUGGACCAAGAACUGGACGUUAUGACAAAGGCAAAGAACAACCUCCAAUGGGAAGCCCACUCAAUGCACUUAUUGGACUUUUUAUUUUGUGGUGGGGCUGGUUAGCAUUUAAUGCUGGAUGUUCAUUCGGUAUGACAGGAGGAAAAUGGGCUUAUGCAGCUCGCGCUGGCGUGGGUACUGCAUUAGCUACAUGGGGUGCGGGAGCAUGUGGACUUAUUUAUUCUAUGUUCUUACAUAAAGGAAAAGUUAAUGUCUAUGAAGUCAUAUCUGGAAUUAUUGCUGCAUUGAUCAUGAGUAAUGCAAGUUGCUACAUAAUGCCAACACCAAUCUGUGUUUUGUUUGGAGCAUUCACAGCAUUUGUUUCAAUAUCAUUGAUUCCAGUUAUGGAUAAAUUUGGCAUUGAUGAUCCAAUUGGCUGUUUUUCAACUCAUUGGACUGGUGGUGUGAUGGCAUAUCUUUCAGUUGGUCUAUUUGCUGAAAAUCCAGUUCCACUUUCAACAACAAAUGGCAGAGAAGGACUCUUAAUGGGCGGUGGAAUGUGGUUCUUAACAGUUCAGUUAAUAGCAAUUGGAGCACUUACUAUGCUAGGCUUCUUCGGUGCCUAUCCAAUCAUUAAACUUUGCAACAAGAUUCUUCCAAUUCGAUUGGAUGUGGAAAGUGAGGAAAUUGGCUGUGAUAUUGUUGAGCAUGGAGUCACAGCACAUGAAACAUUACCAGUUCCACAACUAAUUACAAACAGCAUUAAAAUAAAGUCUGAUGAGAUCAAUCUUAGCCUUCCAGUCACACCAGUGAAUCUCAAUCCACCAAGCUUUUUCGACGGAUCUUUUAGGAAUAGGAAUUUAGCACAAUAUAGUCUCUCGUAUGAAGGAGCUGAAAAUAAUUUAAAUUCACCAAGAUCAAUUCCACGUCUUUAACAUUUAAUGCUUUCUAAUCUAAUUCUGUCAUAUUUUUAAAUUUAAUCUAAAACUUUGGAGCUUUGAUCUUUGGCAACAUGUUGUUUCUAUGGAAAAAUUAUGGAAAAUUAAUAAAAUGAGCACCGCUACAAAAGAGGGAAGAAGAAAGAAGUUUAAAAUUUAUCCAAAUUUAUUUCAUCAAUUAUUAUCCAAAAAUAUCCAAUUAAUUUUAUAUUUUAAUCAUAAUCAAUAGACAUAAAGACCUAAUUUCCAUGGAAAGC